GCCCGUGCCCGCGCCGCUCCGUUACUGGGAGUGAGAAUAUCGGGCGCGGAAGUGGAGUUCGGGGAUGUCGCGGGGAACGGAUAAGAUGGUGAAGGCGGCGAAGCAGUUCGCGGAAGUGCACUACAAGGUUUUCACCGCCCGCUACGGCCAACAGAUCAUCGACCUGCUCGAGCUCCCCAUCAAGCUCGUGCUCUCCCCCUUCACCCUCGCCUACGACCUCGUCGGCUCCGCCCCGCGCGGCUUCGGCGUCCCCGAGCUCGCCUCCCGCGUCUCCUUCUCCGCCAUCUUCCUCGUGGCGACUCUGGGCACGUAUGAUAUCGCGCUGGAGCUGGGAAAGAAGGUGCUGUGCCAAAGGAAUUGCCAAACCUGCAAUGGUUGGCAAGCAUUACGGUGUACUAUGUGCAAGGGUACGGGACAAGUGAAUUAUCAAGUGAAAAACUACACCCCGAAAAGUGGAGAGAGACCAACAGCUGAGCGUGUUGCAGAGGCUAUUUUGGAGAAUCGUGCUGAGCUGGUCCAUCUUCCUUCUACUGUUGAUCUUUCUGUGCCAUUGCCUUCCAAAGAAUGCCCAAACUGUGAUGGAUCUGGUGUAAUGGGUUGCCCCGAGUGCAAACAUCGAUUGCAAGUUAGAAUUUCUGCAGAUGAUAUUAUGGAGCCUCCUUGGAAAGCAUAUAAUGUUUUGAGGAAGAUGGACUAUCCUUAUGAGGCAAGUACUAUGACUUCUCUCUGUGAAUUUUGAUUUCUUUUUCACGUUAUUAUGUAGUUCAUUAGAUAAUGUAACAUGGGAA